AUGAUUGCGGCACCCUGGGACAAGGUCCCGCCCCACGAACAGCUCUUCGUCCUCGUCACCGGCGCAAACAGUGGCGUUGGCCUCGGAAUCUGCGAACGCCUGAUCGACGACUUCCUCGCGACCCGUCCCCUCUCCGCCCACCUGAUCCUCAUCCCGACGACCCGCUCCGUCCGCAAGUCCCGCGAGACAAUCUUCCACCUGAAGCAGCACCUCGCCCAGACGGCCACCACCUCCUCCGCCCUCCGCUCCCGCGCCGGCCCCGACUACCACCCCGACGACACCACCGCCCGCGUCCACCUGCUCUCCGUCCAGCUCGACCUCUGCGACCUGCCCUCCAUCUACGCCUGCGCCACCACCCUCGUCGCAGGCCACAUCGCCGACCCGACCGCCCCCGAAACGCACCCCUACAAGAUCCCCCGCCUCGACUCCCUCAUCUUCAACGCCGGCUUCGGCGGCUGGACCGGCCUCGACUGGGCCGGCCUCUUCACCUCCAUCUUCACAAAGGGCCUGCUGCCCGUCCUCACCUGGCCGAGCUUCAAGCUCGCCCGCCCCGGCGCCGUCCUGAACCAGCGACCCGUCCGCUCCGACCUGGUACCCAACGAGUCCCCUGAUAACCCCCUCGCCGUCGCCUCCGCUUACGAUACCAAGCCUUCUUCCCCUGUCCUUGGCGAGGUCUUUUGCGCCAACGUCUUUGGCCAUUACGUCCUCGCCCACGAGCUGCUGCCCCUGCUGAGCCGCGAGUCUGCUGACCAGAGUCCUGGGCGCGUCGUAUGGACGAGCAGCAUUGAGCCGCUGGCGCGCCACUUUAGGUUAGACGAUUUCCAGGGUGUCGAGACGGAGGGUCCGUAUGAGAGCUCGAAGCGGCUUACGGACGUGCUGGCCCUCACCUCGCAUCUGCCGUCGACGAGGAGAAUCUCAGAAAAGUACUUCAUGCCCGAGGAGGAGGAGACUGCCCAGCGCCUUCCUGUGCGGCCGUCCUUCUACCUCACCCACCCGGGCGUCGUCGCCUCGAACCUGUUCCCCGUGCCGUUUCCCUUCAUCCUCUUCUACGCGUACAAGUUCGCACUAUACCUCGCGCGGUGGUUGGGCUCGCCGUGGCACCCAGUGACGUGGUACGGCGGCGCGGUGGCACCCGUGUGGCUCGCGCUGCAGGACGACGAGACGCUGCAGGAGCUGGACGCGAAGAAGAUCAAGUGGGGUAGCGCGGCGAGCGUAACGGGGCGGGCGGAGGUGAAGAAGACGGAGGUCGAGGGGUGGGGGUGGGAGGGCGCCGUGGAGGACCGGGAGAGCCUCGCGCGGGACCCGGCGACGGGAGUGCUGCGGAAGGUGGUGGGCCGGCAUCCGCAGGCGCGGGACCUCACGCCGGACCAGAUUGUGGACUUUGAGGAGCUGGGGUGCAAGGUGUGGGCGGAGAUGGAGCGGUUAAGGAGGCAGUGGGAGGAGUUUUUGGAGAUUCGCGGAGGCACGAGCGCAUAG